AUCCUAUCAGACAGGUAACACUUCUAUUUUGUGCUAGGCAUUGAAGACGUGAUAUGUGGAAGGAGCAGCUUGUGGAAACAUUGAUGUCCCAGUAUAUCGUCCUAUUUUGAUUAUUUGUUCGGCUUUGGUAGAACGAUGGCAGAGUGCUGCAGCGAGUAUGAAAACUAUACAAUUAAAGAUCUAUGUAGAGAUCAUCAGACAGAGGACGUUCGAUUUUACUGCGAAGAUUGCAAAGUAUUGAUAUGCGAUGACUGCAUAACCGGGGAACAAAAACACAGCAAGUGUUCCAAGACAAAACUAAAAACAUAUGGGGAUAAAAACCUUCAUGAGUUACGAGAGAAAACAACAAUGGUAAAGGAUACCAAACUUCCCAAAAUCAAAGCAGCGUUGAAACUUGCUAAAGACGUUCAGCAGUGUUAUAAUGAUUCAGUUAAAGAACAAAUGGAUUUAAUUCGCUCUAGAAGAGAAAUUAUAAGAAAACAUUUUGAUGAAAUAGAAGACGAAUUAAUGAAUAACUUAAGAAAAUAUGAAAUCGAGGCAAACAGGAUUUUCGACGGAUUCAUACGUUUGAAUACUGAUCGUCUAAACUUUAUUGAAUAUGUUAUAAGAUGUGUUCAACAGGGAGAAGUUGACUUAACAUCUGAUUCUGUUGCAGCAUACCACUCACAGCUUACUGAAAUCAUUCAAUACAACUGUUCAUCAGAAAUCGUUCCUAAAUUUGAACCACUAAAUUUUGAAAUCAGUGAGAGAUAUUCAACGACUAAGUAUUAUCGUAGACUUUUUGGUCACUUUGAAAACUACAGGCUGGACAGACACCAAGACAAAGAAAUGUCGGAUAUGGAAAGUGAAAAAAUGGACAGAAAUGGAAACUUAGUGGUCAUUUCUAGUUGCACACAGAAUACUGAAGAAGAUGAAAAUGCUAGUGACUUUGACGAACACUCGACAGAGCCCACAAAUUUAAAAUUCAAUCAUGUAAUAGUAAAAAGAGUUCUUUGCGAAAAAGACAUUUCGUACAUAAUCCCGAAAGGCAACCAAUUUAAUGCAUGGUUGAUAGGAAAAGACAUUUGCGAAUUAAAUCUCAGUACGUCAGAACCAAUUUUAACACAGCUUAUUUCAUCAGUAGGAGAACAUCCAGUCACAGCCGCUAGAAGUAAAUCACAUUACUUGUUGGUAGGUUUAAAGAACAAAGGUUCUUUGAAAAAGCUGCAGAUUAACAAUGGUACAAUAAAUCGGAGGAGGAAAUUUUACAAACUAGUAUCUCACAGUAAAAUAAAACCGAAGUACAUGAUAUCAAUUUGCACUCCUGCAUUGUCCUCAGAUACAGAUAUCAUAGCAUGUAUGGUUUUCUGUCCAAAACCAGAGAGUUCCGAGAUUACCACGGAAAAUCACGCAAUCAUACGUUGGACAUCGUUGGAAAGAAUUACAAAAGAAAUCUGUAUUCCAUACUUGAAAGUUGCAAUAGCAAAUCCUGUGUCCAUAGCGGAAAGUUCAUCUGGUGAUAUUUGUAUAACUUGUUCUCCAGAACAAAAAUCGUCAUGGAUAGUACUACUUGAUAAAAAUGGAUCGCCAAAAAUGAGAUACCCUUCAAAUGAAUUGAACCAAGAGGCCGUAUCACACUCUUUCAUUGGGGCUGGGUUUCUUAGUGAUGGUAAUAUUACAGUUAUGGAUCGAGUAAGAUUUCGACAACAUCUUAUAAGUAACCGAGGAGAAGUUUUAAAUAUAAUUCAUCAUAAGCAAAAACCAUGUAGCUUUGCUGUUGAUUAUUUUGACAAUAUAUGGAUAGGAUUUGAUGACAGAACAAUUCAAGUAAUCAAAUAUGAUGCCAGUCUGUGUGAGGAUAGUCAAUUACAAACAAAACUUUGACAAAACUUGCUAUUGCAGAUUAAUUUGUAGCAUAUUGACUUUUAUUUGCGCACUUAAUCAGUUUUAAAAGAUGUUAUCACCUGAGAUCACACCCGGUUUAUAGUGGGGUUUAUAUUGCGUGUAGACUUAUGUUUGUCUUUCGGUCGUUCAUAGUUGUAUUUAACAAAAUCUUGAUCUAAGAUUAUAUGUUAGUAGUUUGU